AGUGCAGUUUGAAACUCAAGACUGGGAUCGCUCCUCCUCCUCCUCUCCAACCAAAGAAUGUAUCAAGCAACAAAAGCAGAUGAGCCCACGGAUGGGGGCACAAAAGUACAGCAAGUCACAAACCACAGAACCCAGUGCAACCGUGGCGGAAAAGGUGGAUCCAACAGUACCUCUGCAACAUCAAGUGUGGUAUCACGGUACAAUCAGCAGGGCCGAUGCAGAAGGGCUCCUAACCUUGUGCAAGGAAUCAAGCUACCUGGUGCGUAACAGCGAGACAAGCAGGAAUGAUUAUUCUUUGUCUAUCAGGAGCAGCCAAGGAUUCAUGCACAUGAAGUGCACACGGACAAAGGACAACAAGUACAUUUUGGGACAGAACAGUGCACCAUUUGACAGCAUCCCUGAAGUCAUCCAUUACUACACCAGUAAAAAACUCCCUGUGAAAGGAGCUGAGCACCUGUCCUUACUGUAUCCAGUAGCUGUGCAAACAUUAUGAUCAUGUGACCUCGAAUCUGGGAGCACCUGUCCUUACUGUAGCCAGUAGCUGUGCAAACAUUAUGAUCAUGUGACCUCGAAUCUGGGAGCACCUGCCUUACUGUAUCCAGUAGCUGUGCAAACAUUAUGAUCAUGUGACCUUGAAUCUGGGAGCACCUGUCCUUACUGUCUGUAUCCAGUAGCUGUGCAAACAUUAUGAUCAUGUGACCUCGAAUCUGCGAGCACCUGUCCUUACUGUAUCCAGUAGCCGUGCAAACAUUAUGAUCAUGUGACCUCGAAUGUGGGAGCACCUGUCCUUACUGUAUCCAGUAGCUGUGCAAACAUAUGAUCAUGUGACCUCGAAUCUGGGAGCACCUGCCUUACUGUAUCCUGUACCUGUGCAAAGAUUAUGAUCAUGUGACCUCGAAUCUGGGAGCACCUGUCCUUACUGUAUCCUGUACCUGUGCAAAGAUCAUGAUUAUGUGACCUCGAGUCUGGCCAGAAGAGGAGGACUAGUGUUCACUCAUGCUACUGACUGUUCAGCAAAAGGACAGGCAAUCCAAAUCUCAGACAGGCAGCAUUAUGUAAAACAUUUAAAACAAAGACAAGUGGCAUUCAGGAGUGCUGUACUAUUUGUUGGCAGCAUAGACUGCAAGGAAUGAAAGUUGUUAUGAGGAGCAGAUGGUCCGUUUCCUUUGUGUUAUACUAGUGUCAUGUUGCACAAUAAUGAGUCCAAGAAAGGCCAUCUACUUCAUGACACAAAUCAGUCAUUGUAUGUCUGAGAUCAACAGUACGGAGAAAUACUGUCUUUUAUCCUAGGUCACAGACUUUAGAAUAGUGCCUAAAGGGUUGUCCCCUAAACACUGGUUCAGGAAGCUUUUUUUUUUUUUUUUUUAUAUCCAGAAAGGAAAUAAAUUCCUUCGGCUAGUAAAGUAAGGAAGGGAAGAUGUGGUAGCAGUCAGUCUACAGAAUGACCUCCAUCUGAGUAAGGAAGGUUCAGGAAAUGCAACUAAAGUGAUGUUUGGAGUCAGUCUGAUUGACUGGGCACAGCAUUGGCUUGAGAUGGAGGAAGCUGGUACAUAUGUUAAAUGUCACAGUCUCUAAUGGACAGACUUUCACUGUACACAUCAGGUCAUCUUUGUGUUACAUCCCAUGAAAUAAACUGAACAUAUAUUUAUUGAAAAAAUAAGACAUUGUGGUUUACUUAGGAGCUAUGAAUAAAUGGAAAAGAAAACUAGGAAACCAUAUACGUCAAGCCUACUGCAACAAAAUGUUACCACAUUAUGUGGUCACAUGUGAGAGUAAAAAUAAUACGGAAGGAAAGCACUGUACCAAACUCCCAGCAACUGUAUGCAGUGCAGUGAACAUGUUUGGUAGGAAUACCAAGGCACUGUAGUUCAUUUUUGAGGCAAGAACACAUAGAAUAUUGUGUAUUACUAUACUCCAUCUGUAUCUGUUUACAAUUCAUGCCCACCAUGAAAGUGACAUUGUAUGAAAAGCGGGUGGCUAGUGGAAAUCUGCAACUUAACAUUAAAAGUAUCUGAAUGCUGAACAACAGAACCAAACUUGGGACCAGCAGGCAGAUGACCUCAGAUAAACUUCAAACAGCAAAGAACUUAUGCAAUGUUCUACUGGAAAAAGUAUUUUGGAACCUCUUUUUUCGGGAUUAAGAAAGAUUAUGUUAAAAGCCCCCUCUUAUAUAUUCUAUGAAAGUGCUUAGUAUGUGUAACUUAUGUGUUUUGCUGACAGCAACACAUUACUUAUCAGAGGUAUUUUAGUCAUAAUUGGUGCUCAUAGAUAGCUGAAUGUACUUUGAUUUGUCUAAACCCCAACAUUUGUACGAGGCCUGUGCUCUGUGUUUCCACUCCCAUUAUUAUAUAAACAUUCCGAUGUCUACACUAAACCUAUGAAACAUGUUUGUCGUCAGGUUUGAUUGAGGUUUAUAUUACAAAUUUUAGAUAAUCAGAUGUUUUGUUAAAAGUCUUGUAUGUCUGAUUUGUUUAAUAUCACUUUGUUAUGAAUCAUAUAAAGUUACUUUCCUGAUCUUCCAAGCUAAUAUUUAUAUUAAACAAAAAAUCAUAGCAUAUACUGUAUAUAAAUUCAGAA